AUGAUUAAUGUGGAAAGUUCACUAUUGGAAGACGGUAAAGUCGUUAUAAUGGAUGGAAGUAAGUCGGAUAUCAAAAUUGAUGCAAACGAGCAACAGAGCAAAGAAUCGUUUGCUGACUUCUGCAAAAGACAAAUGAGAAAUGUUCUGUACUUCCUAGUGGAAGAUUGGUGUCUCUCAGCAAUGCUUGGCAUCAUAACGGCCAUUUUAUCUGUUGUCAUGGAUAUUUGCAUCGAAAAAUUACAAUACAGCCACGUGGCUUUCUAUGAGACUCUGCGAAUACAUUGGUACCAUUAUUUGGCUUUGUUACAUUGGCUUCUACAUAUCGUUCUAUUAACAUUUCUUUCCGCUGCUUCAUGUUUAUGGAUUUCCAAGCAAGCCAUUGGCUCAGGUAUACCAGAAGUGAAAGUAAUAAUGCACGGAUUUAAAAUGGAGAAUUAUCUUACUGUUCAAACACUAAUUGCAAAAAUGAUUGGAUUAACGUUGGCAAUUGGUAGUGGCCUCCCAAUCGGAAAAGAAGGACCAUUUGUACAUAUGGCUGCAAUUGUGGCAACUAUUUUGAGUAAAGUAACUACCAGUUGUCAUUAUACGGAAUUUUUUGCAAAUGAAGGUCGAGAAAUGGAAAUGCUCUCUUCUGGCUGCGCUGUUGGUAUUGCGUGUACAUUUUCAGCUCCUGUAGGAGCAGUACUGUAUGCAAUAGAAUCCACAUCAAAAUAUUUUGCUGUAAAAAAUUACUGGCGUGGUUUUCUGGCUGCUACUUGCAGCGCCAUUGUUUUUCGAUUUGCUAAUUUCUUUGUUACUGCGGAACAAUCCGGAACCAUUAUGGCUUUUUAUCAGACGAGUUUUCCGACUGAAUCGUUUUUGGUGGAAGAGCUACCAAUAUUCGCAUUUUUAGGAUUACUUGGUGGCCUAUUUGCAGCACUAUUUAUUUUCACCCACAGAAAAAUAACUUUAUUUCGUCAAGACAACAGCAUCUACAGAAUGAUUUUCCGCAAAAACUUUUUUGCAUUCACAAUUUUUAUGGCAUUAGUUGUUGGCAUUCUUACUUAUCCGGAAGGUUUUGGUCGUUAUAUUGCCGGACAAUUGACGUUCCGUGAAACGAUGGCUGAUUUUUUUAACAACUGCACAAUGCAUAUCACAAAUACCAGUAAACAACCGUGCAGUAAGAAGCUUCUUCAACACUGGACCAGUGUUUCAUCAGAAAGCCAAAUAACCAUAUUUCAUUCACUUACGUGCUAUUUCAUCACUUACUUCUUCCUAGUAUCAAUUUGCAUAUCUAUCAAUGUGCCAGCAGGUGUUUUUGUACCUUCGUUUGUAAUUGGAGCAGCUGGAGGUCGUUUGACGGGUGAAGUGAUGGCACUUUUCUUUCCAGAAGGUCUUCGCGGACCGAAUGGGCCACCUAUUUUUCCUGGACUUUAUGCGGUUGUUGGUGCAGCAGCUUAUACAGGUGCAGUAACACAUACGCUUUCUGUAGCGGUAAUUAUAUGCGAGCUUACGGGGCAACUUACUCCAAUACUACCCGUUCUGAUAGCAAUGCUGGUGGGUAAUGCAGUUUGCAAAUUUUUGCAACCGUCUAUUUAUGAAAGUAUAAUUCGAAUCAAGAAAUAUCCAUAUCUACCAGAUUUGCCGCCUUCUCGAAUCAGUGUGCAUACAAUAAAAGUGGAACAAAUUAUGGUUAAAGAUAUUAUUUAUAUUACAAAGUCAACAACCUAUAGAGAACUUCAAGAAAUACUACGCUUUGCGCCAACGCUUAAAAGCUUCCCUGUCGUUACUGAUCGAAAAUACAAAAUAUUGCUUGGAUCUGUAGCAAAAAAAUAUUUGGCUGUAAUGAUGAGGCGACAGUUGAUCGAUGCAGAAUUCAAUCCUUUUUCUAAUAAGAGAACUCCUGCACAGAUUUUUAACAGCAUAAAAAGAUCUUCACUUCGAUUGUCUAAAAGACAACGAGGUCAGUCAAAUGGCGCAAGUAGCGCAGUACCAUUGGUACCGAACGCCAAGGAAAAUUUGCCUGAUGAAGGAUCGAUCACUGGAAAUACGUUGCUUUCAAUUUCACCUCUUCAUGCUCCACAUGAUUUACCAUUAUCAGCAAUAUUUGUAAAACCUACCGCCGAUGAGUUGAAGAGAAGAGCAAAGGUCAGCAAAGAUAACUUGCUAGAUCAGGUGAUAGAUCUGGAUGAAGUGGCUAUCGAUUCAGCUCCAUUUCAGCUUGUUCUCGGUUCAUCGCUAUACAAAGUGCAUACACUAUUUUCACUUUUGGCGCUAUCUCAUGCAUAUGUUACCGAUCGCGGGCGGUUGAUUGGUGUCAUCGCUUUGAAAGAGUUACGUGAUGCGCUAGCAAAUAUAUAUAUUCGUGGUGCAGUACCGGUGAAUUCGGAACGGCAACUGACAUCAUUCUUGUCAUGA